AUGGGAUGCAAGGCCCAGCUGAGCUUGGCCACAUGUAUCCGAGACGCCACAUCUGUUGGGGUCCGAGGCAGGACAUUCGAGGCUAUCCUUGAUGUGAAUGAAGUCUUUCAAAUCACAUCAAAGAAGAGAAACGAGCGAAGCCACAGAAUCCUCGCUAUUUUGGUGGUCUCUGCCUUCUCCACCAGCCAUGGAAGUCCCAGACUGGCUUCGAGGUCCCCACAUAUUCUGACCUUGAAGCCUUUGGGCGAGAAAAACAGCCUCUUUCUCAUCCUAACACUUCUAUCUUUCGAGCCACAAAUCGCCCGCAUUUAUUAUCGCCGCGAUAGUACAGGCAUCUCCCUCUACUACGUCCUCUUCAACCUCAUCAUCGCCACCGAGUUCUUCACAAUCUCCUUCUUCCACCUAGUCAACAACCGCUGCGAGGGAUCUGACUCGUUCGUACACGAUCCCCCCAACCUAGGUGAUCUCCUCAACCUCGCUCACUUCACGGCUGUGUGGAUUGCCUGGAUCAUAAUACUACUUCUAACGAUCAUUUACUCCCCAACCACCAGAGACACAUCGAAAAUCAUGUUAAUAUACAUCACCUUCCUCACCAUCUCCCUCAUCCCCCUCUUCCUCGACGCCGUCUUCGCCGAUACCACCGACCCCUACCACAAAUGGGCUCUGGGUUUCUUCUCAGCGAUACACAUGAUGUUCAUCAACCCCGGUGUCUUCUUCCUUUGCUUCUUCGCCAUAGGGGCCCAAGCCCACGAGAUCAUCCGCCACAGACAUGAAGACAGUGCGCUGAGCUUGCUCGGGCUGGCGGUGCAGGCUGUCUUGUUUGCUGUGCUUUCGGUGACUUGGUCGGGGCGGCUGGUGUUUCAGUGGGACAAGAUCCCGGAUGGGAAUUUGUUGAACUGGAGGGUGUUUGUCUUUUGGUUUCAGGUUGUUGGGUUUGUCGUGUAUGAUUAUGCUGUUUUUGCGAUUGGGCAGGGGGUGUUGCUUGCGCUGGCGCUGAGGCAUCUGGAUGUGGCGUUGACGGGGGGGAGUCUGUGGCGGGUGAUCUUCUUGGAGACAGAUAGGGAGGGGUAUGAGGAUGGGGUUGUUGGUGAGGAGGAGGAGAGGAGGCCGUUGUUGGGUUGA